ACGCCCAGGCUGACAGAAUCGGGCCUUUCUAUGGUUGACUGGCACCUAGUGAAAGAGAUGAAGCCCCCGAGAACGCAGCAGGAGUGGGAAGCCGAGUUCCAGAAGUACCAGCAGUUCCCGGAGUUUAAAAUCCUGAAUCAUGACAUGACGCUGACAGAGUUCAAGUUCAUUUGGUACAUGGAGUAUUCGCACCGUAUGUGGGGCCGCGUUGUGGGUUUGGCCUACAUCCUGCCUGCCGCCUACUUCUGGCGAAAGGGCUGGCUCAGCCGCCCCAUGAAGGGCUGUGUUCUUGCGCUCUGCGGGCUGGUCUGCUUCCAGGGGCUGCUGGGGUGGUACAUGGUGAAGAGCGGACUGGAAGAGAAGCCAGAUUCUUAUGACAUUCCUCGGGUCAGCCAGUACCGUCUCGCAGCACAUCUCGGCUCCGCACUGGUUCUGUACUCCGCUAGCCUGUGGACGGGGCUGUCUUUGCUGCUUCCGCGACACAAGUUACCUGAAACCCAUCAGUUCCUUCGCUUGAGACAAUAUGCUCAUGGCACUACAGCUCUCAUUUUUCUUACCGCUCUUUCAGGUGCCUUUGUGGCAGGGCUGGAUGCUGGCCUUGUGUACAAUUCCUUCCCCAAAAUGGGGGAGCGCUGGAUCCCAGAUGACCUCCUUGCCUUCUCCCCCGUGCUGAGAAAUAUCUUUGAGAAUCCUACAACUGUACAGUUUGAUCACAGGAUCUUGGGAAUCGCCUCAGUCACAGCUGUCACAGCACUGUACCUCUUCUCGCGGAAGAUCCCACUCCCUCGCCGGACCAGGAUGGCAGUGACUUCCUUAUUGGCUGUGGCUUGCAUACAGGUGGGCCUGGGCAUCAGCACCCUGCUGCUCUAUGUCCCCACGCCUCUGGCCGCCACGCACCAGUCGGGCUCCCUGGCACUGCUCAGCAUGGCGCUCUGGCUCAUGAGCGAGCUCCGGCGGGUCCCCAAGUAACCCACCGGAGGGAGAGCCCUCCCGGGGGAGCUGUGCCCGGAGGCGGCAGAGACCCCCCCCACCCGGGGUGCACGGAGGGGGGGACGUGCGCCCAGCCAGGCUGUGCGCAGGGAGGAGGCAGCGGGUGUCAGCGCGGACUUUGUAACAUAAAGGAGUUUUUACGGAGCGGCUGGUGUCUGGCUGGGUGCCUCCUUUCCGGAGCGAGGGUGAUCAUCACGAUGCUGGUCACCACCGCCGUGUGCUGCUAUCUCUUCUGGCUCAUCGC